AGUCCAGUCAACUUCCUGGACCAUACUCAGCACAAGGGCUUGGCAGUGGCUGUGUUUGGAGUGCUCUUGUGCAAACUGUGGGGCCUGGUCAUCUCACCACAUCCCCUCCCCUUCACAACAGACUCCGAGAACAAACAAAACUGGGUGAUUCUUGGAGUCUUCUACUAUCCCGUGCUAUACUACCCUCUCCUGGCAUGUGGCACCUUGCAUAAUAAAGUUGGCUAUGUUCUUGGCAGCCUCUUGUCAUGGACACACUUUUCAGUUCUGGUCUGGCAGAAAAUCGACUGUCCCAAAACACCUCUGAUAUACAAAUACUACUCCCUUUUCACCUCCCUGCCUCAAAUAGCCUGCUUGGCAUUUCUUAGUUUCCAGUAUCCACUUCUACUGUUCAAGGGCUUUAAGGGCAACGAAAAAGACAGCGUUACGGAGGAUCUAAACAGCAGCUACUAUAACGACUAUGUGAGGAAAUUGUUGAAGAAGAAGAAGCCUACCAAAAUCAGCACGUCGAGCACUGAAACACCCAAGCUUCAUCAAAGAAUAAUUGCUGCUGUUAAAUCAUACAUUUAUACACCAGAGGAAGCUUUCCGUUUUCCUCUGAAGUUGGCCAUAUCUGUUUUUGUGUCAUGCAUUACACUGUAUCAGGUGGGUCUCCUCCUGAUCGCAGCUGUGGUACCAUCGCUCCAGAUUGCCCGUCUAGGAGUGGAUGAAAACAUUGCAAACCUUUUGGCCGGCUUCAAGAUAAUUCUGUCUCCAGACAAACACGAGGUGGUCAGAAUCGUGGUUUAUUACAUGUGGUGUGUAGAGGUUUGCUACAUCUCAGCGACAACCCUCACUGCCAUCGUCAACCUGGUUUUGCUCAUGCGCUCUAUGGUUCUGCACCGGUCAAACCUGAAGGGGCUGUACAGAGGAGAUAUCUAUAAUGUUUAUAACUGCCAGAGAAGUAUCAGGGCUUCACGGCCAGCACUUGUCUGCUGGAUGGGAUUCACCAGCUUUACCGCUGCACACAUCUGCGUCGGCAUGAUUGUCCAGACCAUGGUGUUCUUCCUCUGUCUUCUAAUUGCUGUCUUCCUCAUCAUCAUACCUGUGCUGCACAGAGAGAAUCUGAUUCUCUUUCAGAUCCUGUGGAGCAUGUGGCCCUUCUGGCUGAUGAUUCUUUUGGCCGUGUUGAUUCAACAUAUUACAGCCAGGUUUUGUUUCAUCAAAAAAACAUCAAGCACUCGAGACUUACGCAACAGGGGUAAUCUCUUCCUGCUCACCUACCUGCUGUUUCCUGUCAACAUUCUGAUCGGAGUGAUACUGGCACUGUGGCGCAUGGUCGUUACAGCCUUGUUCAACAUUGUUCACUUGGGCCGCAUGGAUAUCAGUCUUCUUAACCGCAAUGUGGAGGCAUUUGACCCAGCCUACCGCUGCUAUGCUCAUUAUCUGAAGAUUGAGGUGAGCCAGUCUCAUCCUGUGAUGAAGGCCUUCUGUGGGAUGUUGCUUCACUCUGUGGGCCAGGAGGGGAAUACUGCACAGAGGUCAAGGGAUGCUGAAGAAGGGAUCCAGCUGGUCCAACAGGAGAAGAUACACUUCAAAAUGUCCAGUGCCAAGAGGGCCCGCGGGCACUGGCGUCUUCUCUACACCCUGGUCAACAACCCAUCUCUGGUGGGUACCAGGAAGCACUUCCAGCGUCAGACCACAGAGAGCUUUCUGAAUGGAAGCCUGAACCGUGGUGCCAAGGAGGGGAGCAAAAAGGAUUCAGCAAUCAAGGAAGCAGCUGCCAGUAUUUGAACAUGAAUGUGACUCUGAUGAUUAAGGAUUUUCUGCAAAUUUUCUCUUGGGGGGGGGUUUGGGGGGAUUCUACAGCCACAGUAUUUGUCCCACAUCACCUAAAACAGCUGUGUGUGCAUUUUGGUAAAAUGAGUGCACCCACAGCUCAGUAUCUCAUGUGCAACAAGCUUUUUUUCUGUUUGUCUGUCUGGAGAUUGUGUGUUUACUUUGUGCUGUUGUUUCCCCCCCUGGCUGUUUUGUGUAUAUAUGAGAGCAACAGACUCCCUCGUCUGAUGUGAAAGCUUGUGUGGAUCUGCUCUUCCAACUAAAAAACACUCACCAUUAAAUCAUCUGUUUGCAUCAUGUUAUAUAUUUAAAUCUAUGGGAUAAUCACAGAUGUUUUCCAACAUGCAGUAAUUAUCAUAUUGAUGCAGAACGGCUGCUGGACACAUGCAUGUGCAGUCAGUAUUUAUAUGCAGACCCUUUCACUAUUCAUGACUUCAACAAACUAACUGUUUUCAUCUAGUGGAUGAAUUUUAAUUGUGUGUAAUUAAAACAAUAACCUGUGGAUUAGGAA